AUGGGCCUGGGAUCUUUCAAACAGCCGACAACCGACGACCUCAAAAUUAUUGAGGCUCUCUACAAAGAUUUGGGACUAAAGCCGCAAUUUGACGUUUCCCUACCUGACAACGAGGAAACUGUCACACUUCUCAUGGGAAGUGGCUAUGUGAAUACGGGUGGAAUUGACACGUUCGUUCACGAUCUAAAGAGGCCCAUCGCCACAAAUCCCCGCAGCUUCAGCAUCGACAGAACCACGGACGUAAACUCAUUCAUAAACACGUCUGUAGCAGGGUUUGCAACUGGUGGUCGAUCUAUUGACCUUUUGAAUCUUCUUUCCCAGGUAGUAUCAAUCCGGGACAACACACACCUGUAUGAGGCUAGGAAUGUACGCGGCCUGCUUGGGACGGCAGCACUGUCCAUCGUCGAAUCAGAUGGGGAUAAGAUAGGCUAUAUGUAUCAUGACAGCACUUUGACUGAUGCGAGAGGGCGUGGUGUUCACCAAGCACUUAUCGGUCAUCGGCUACAGGUCUCUCGAGAUGAGAAUUGCACCUUCGCUGUGGCUUUAGCAAGGACUUCGUCGGGCAGUGCACGCAAUCUGGAGAAGCUGGGAUUUGUCAAGAUUUUAGAAACCCAUGUGUUUGAGCCGACAGUGGCUUAG